AUGACGGUCGCCGAGGACUUAACCGGCAAGGCCGAAAAUCUUUCCAGCAACGUGGUCUACAGCGAGUCAACGUAUAACGGAACCCCCUGGGGCCCCCAUAACGAGUACGAGCACCAGUACAAGCCUUCCCAGUCCCGCAGCGCGCAGCUGAAGCAGACGGCUCGUGAGGUCAUGGAUGCGACGAGGAGCGCGGCGCGAGAGGCGUGGGGAAGAGGCGCAGAAGGGUGCAGUGCGGUGGUUGACCGAGCCGUGGGUUGGGCGCGCGAAGGGGGGACGUGGCGGUGGGUUGUUCUAGGAACGACCGCCGCAUCGCUCCUCUCUCUCGCCCUCUGCACAGCCGUGUCCCUCAUAGUCACUGUAGCUCUCACCACUGCUGCUCUCAUCGUCUGCUCUGCUUCUGCCAUUGCGGCUGCUGCUCUCUUUCUCUUCCUCAUGCUCUUCGGGGUUACUGCUGUGCUCUGUGUUGCUGCGUCUGCUGUGGCCUUCACUGCCAUGGCUGUAGCUUCAGCAGCAAUCACAUGCAUUCUCUUUGCUGCUGGGACGGCCCUGUCAGCAUGUGCAUGGUGGUGGCUCCUCACACAUGUCACCUCUGCCCUGCACUAUUCUGCUGCCACCACCAAAAGCUACAUCCUGCCAGCUCCCCACACUGCCACCCACGCUGGUGCCCGUGCACAUGCUCAGAGGAUUCCCCUAAAAGCUGGAGCAGCUGCUUCAGAGAAAGGCUACUGA